AUGAAUGAUGAUAUGACAGAAAAUGAUGUCGAUUGCCAAACUUUUGAUCUAUAUCAAAUCAAAAAUAGUGAUAGUUAAUCUAUGGGACUUAAAAAGGUUGAAACUUAAAUCGAAAAUUAAAAUAGUGAUCCGCUUUUAUAUUAACGAACUUUAUUUAUCAAUGAGGAACUAUUAGAAGUUGAGAAAGAAAAAAUAGAUAAAAAUAUUUAUGAAAUCGGCAUAAUUUUUGAAGAAAUAAUUUAUUUGAUCAUAAUCUAAUGUAUAGAAUGUAAGUUUGAUAUUUUCAUUUACCCAAAAUAUUAACUUGAUCAUAUAAACCAAUAUCUGGUUCUAAAAUAUAUUUUUAAAAUUCACACGACACCAGAAUAAAUACGAAAUUAGAUUAAUAAAGCAAAAAAUUAUAUCCAAAAAGAUAAUGAACACUUAUAAAAAAUGGCUCGCGUAUGGUUUGAUUUAAAUAAAUUUAAAUAAAAUGGAGAGGAUUUAUUAAAUUAUUUUGAUGCAUUCGAGAUAAUGAAUACAAUGUUCAAAUAACAAUCUCAAAUAUUUGCUGAUUUCUUAAUGUUUUUAGCUGUAACUUAUUAUAAUUUUAUUAUAAUAGGAGAGAUACUAUCAGUCAGAGGUAAUAAUAACAUCUGAGCUCUACAAUUAAAUUCUACAAACGUUCUUUCCUUUGAGAAAUAAUGAUCAAAUUGAACACCCAUUUAUUUAAGAAUUCUUCAAUGCCAAAUAGAAUAUAUACGAUUGAAAAUAUAAUGUAAUUCAAAAU